AUGAACGUGAGCAGCGGCUUAUCGAAUUUAGCGGAGCCUUGGUGGGUUCAAAGCCUGAUCAGAAAUCCCGUCCUUAUUCCCUAUACACUGGGAAACCGGCGUCUCAACAGGAUAUACCUUGACACAACCUUUGCUACCAAAUCAGAUAUCUACGCGACUUUCCCUUCCAAAGCAGAGGGAAUUCGAGAGCUCUUACAAAAGGUCAAAGCCUACCCUGAAGACGAGGCUCCGUAUCUCUGUGGCUUCACUUUGGGCAAUUCCAGAGUGUCUGGCUGUCUCACGGACCAAACAAAUACGCCCUCGGUAAAAGUCCAUAGCUGCGAGCCCGGAGUUGUGUGUUCAACGAUAGAGUCAGGGCCUUCGGUCUAUAUAACUCCAAUAAUUACCCGUACCAAAGAAGGUUGCGAUGUGCUGGAAUUGGGAGCGGGCGGUGGAAUGGGUGAUCUCAGACAGAGCCACGACCUUCAACUUCCUGAUAAAUUUGCCGUGGAACGUUUUGCUGACUUGUGCUCCGAGUACAUCGAGGAUCCGUCAACAAGGAAAGCUAUUAUAGACGCAGUCUCGAAGGCAUAUGAAACUCAGUCAAAGUCGUUAUCGCUGGACUCCUACGGUUUUAAGGAGCAGGACGAGAUGACACUGAAAAGCCUAGUGGCGAUGUUGAGUCAAGGAUCAAAAAGCGAUAUUCUUCCAACGCUCACCCCAAAUAAAAUCAGCAGUUUACCAAAUACUAUUGUAAGAUUCCCUUACUCCCGCCAUUCCUCCUAUGAAGAACUCUGUGGCUUGGUUGAAGCUUUCCGGCCGGCUGACGUGUAUCCCUGCACGGUCGACGCAGAUACCUGGACUGAAACAGUCUCCAUGGAAAAUCUAUUUGGCCAUUUAUGUUCAGGCGCCGUAUUCUCCCAUGAUAACGAGAUGAAGAGUAUGAUCGAGCAAGAUGACUUUCGCCCGCGAAAGAGACCACGCCUUGACAGCAAUGCAUCCUCGACUGCUGGAUCAACGCAAAGAUCUAACAUCGAAACCGGUACCUCUCAGGAGCUAGUCGUACCGGAGAGAAUCGAAUACCCUGUUAUCCACAUAAGUUCAGAUUCAGAGCAGCAGCAAUCCCAGCAAGAGAACGAGCGGCCCCUUGGGACCAGACAGAUUACAACCGUUGAUACGGAACUGUCCUUUUCUUUCCCGUCGCAAGUUACAAGCAAUCUUUCGAAUUCCCAACCAGACGAAUCUUCAUCGUCACCGGACAUCAAGAUCCAAGCCAUAAAACAAGCUUUGAAAGCCAAGGCUCUCAACAACGAACUUGAUUUCUACUUUGAAUCCUCAUUCGCAGACUCGCAGUCCCAACCACGCUCCUCAUCGCAGCUUGAUAAUCUCAACACACAACCGUCUGUCAGCUCAAUCGCGGAAAGGGGUGAUAGUCAAUCCGCGCUAGAUAUUGACGCCAAUAUUCAACUCGAAGCCGAACUCGAAAACGCAGAAUAUGAAUACGCAUCGAGCAGCCCCCUAUCUCUCUCGCCGUCCGCGUUUGGAUCUCAAGAAUCUAUCCAAAUCCCCUUGGAUGAUGAUGACGACGAUGUAACGCUUAGCCCGCAAAGAUGUGAGGGUCGGGUAGUGUCUGCGUUGAAAAGGACUCAUUCGAGGAUGGCGGCGUAUCGUGCGGCCAAGGAUGACACAUGGGCGCUUUUCCACUCGCUCGUGUCGGCAGGUAAUAACCAUACCGUGGAGGAUGAGGAGCUUUAA